AUGGGCGAACCAGUGCUGCCCAAGUUUGAAGUGACCAUUGAGCUGCCCCCUGUGCUGAAAGUGCUGGAUGACAAGCUCCAAGUGCGAGUGUGUGGCCGGUAUUACAUGGUGGUAAUACCAGCUGAGCUCUACCACCUGCACAAAGGGAUGUUGUGGGUCCAUUUGGCCAACCUCAAUGAAACUGUCUUGGUGACUCUCCAGCUGGAAAGAGAGAGACCAUCCAGCAACAUCAUCCUGUUGGAGAAGAAGGUCAAGGAGCCCAAUCUGACUGAGAAUGUGAUCUUCUCGGUGCCAGCCCCCACCACCGGGUGGAAGGAAGUUGCACACCUGAAUGUGUCAAUCGAAGGAGAUUCCCUGAAGUUCUCGGAGCGGAAGAAAGUGCUCCUGAAAGCACUGGAGCCUGGGACCUUUGUACAGACAGACAAACCCAUCUACAAGCCUGGACAGACAGUGAACUUCCGAAUCGUCAGUUUGGAUAAAGACUUUGUUCCCAGUAACAGGAAGGUGCCCCUGGUGACCCUGCAGGAUCCCAACGGGAACCGGAUCGCUCAGUGGCGAGAUGUGGCCCCCCAGCAGGGCAUCGUGGACCUGUCCCUCCCUCUGUCUGCAGAGCCGGCCUUGGGGACGUACUCCAUCGAUGUGGAGGGCACUAAGCACUCCUUCAGCGUGGAGGAAUACGGUGCGCAGGGGGACCCAGCGCAGUAACAGAGGCUGUGUCUCUGGUGGAGGAGCAGCAGUACAGUCUGUAAAACUGUUGGUGGGCCAUUUAUCUGUGUCCCUUCAGAGGGUCUCUGGGAGCCUGAUCCCAGAAUUCCCCAGAGCCACCCACCACCGCCCCACAAACAGCAUCCCAACAGCACCACAUCCUGGCUGCGGGGGAUCCAGCCUCCCAGUCCAUUCAGCUUCUGUCAACACCCUCAUCCUCUGGACCUGUGGGCCAGGGUCAGAUGUGGCCCCCAGCUGCCUCCAACUCCAGGCUCCUCCUUCGGCCUCAGAGGC